AUGAUCGGCAUUAAAUAUCUCAACGAUGCCCACCUUAAGGGGUUCGAAAAGUACAAGUACAACUGCGUCGAUACUAGUAUUCUUAGCGUUUAUGUUAUGCACCCGUUCUGGAACAAGGUCGUGCUAUACUGUCCCCGAUGGAUUGCGCCCAACUUGCUUACCUUUACGGGCUUUCUGCUGACGGUGGUGAAUUUCUUCCUAAUAGCCUAUUAUGACUACGAUUUCCGAGCAGCCACCAAAACUCCCAUACCCGUACCGGACUGGGUAUGGAUCCUAGCGGCAAUAAAUCUUUUUGUAGCCUACACGUUAGACGGUAUCGAUGGUAAACAGGCACGAAGAACCGGAACCAGUGGACCACUGGGCGAGCUAUUCGAUCAUGGUCUCGAUUCGUACUCGGCAGUACUCAUACCGAUCUACAUGUUCACCAUAUUCGGUGCUGCCGAUUUACCACCGGUGCGAAUGUACUUCAUUACCUUGAACGUGUUCCUUAACUUCUAUCUACCACAUGUGGAGAAAUACCUAACCGGUGUGAUGUUCCUACCGUGGGGUUAUGACUUUGUCAUGUGGGGCGUCUCAAUAACGCUAGCGAUCACAGGAAUUUUUGGUGCAGAGUUUUGGCAAAUCCCCGUCUUUGGUGUGAAACCUUGUCACAUAUUCGAGAUGACACUCUACGUGUCUGCCGUCAUCACUAGUCAUCCUAUUAUUAUACAUAAUGUCUACAAAUCUUACCGUGACAAAACGGGCAAAAUGCGAUCAUUCAGCGAAGCAAUCCGACCAUUGGUGCCGCUUAGCAGUCUAUUUAUUCUGUGCACCGUGUGGGUGCUGUGCUCCCGCAACGGAAUAAUCGAUAUGGAACCACGGCUGUACUUCGUGAUGUGCGGCACACUGUUUUCCAACAUUUGUUGUCGUCUCAUUGUAGCACAAAUGUCUGAUACACGGGCAGAUCUUUGGAACGGGCUGCUGAACUUGCUAUGUGUCGUUGCGUUCUUCUGUAUCCUGCCCUAUCAUUUCCUUGGUUUGCCCGAGUUAAGCAUCCAGGUCGAGCGAUACCUGCUGUACGGGUUGACAUUCUGCGUCACGAUCGCGCACAUACACUACGGUGCAGGAGUGGUACGCGAAAUGUGCCACCAUUUCCGGAUUCGUUGUUUCAAAGUAAGAUCGGAUGCUAGUAAGCUUACUGCGCAUACUAAUAACUUAGAUGUUAACCGUAACGGUAGCUAUCCUAACAAGCAUCAUCUUAACCACCGCCAGAACAAAUCCAAGUAG